GAAUGAUCGCUUACAUAAUGGGAUCACAAUGUAAUCCCUCCUUUUUCCGAACUUCUCCAACUGCUAUGGUUGCUCGAGUAUGAGAUGCGUCUUUCGCUGAUUCUUCUUCUUUCCGGUACAUUCUCUAUCGUUCAUGCUCUUCCCUCCGUGACCUCCAGGACUGAGGACAGCGAUGAAAUAACAAGCAGGUCGUCGUCUGCGCAUCCCGGAACGACGAGUUUUCUUUCCCACACCUCCCAGUCUGCAUCCCCCUCGCACAAACCCACGUCCGAAUCAACCCGGCAUGUGUUCUCCGCCCACACUUUACCUCCUCAGUACAGCGACCGGCCAGUCGGGAAUCCGCAGCCAGUGCCAACGCGCACUUUCGAACCUAGACCGAGACCGACAACACCCUUCCAAGGUCCCCGACACCAUGUGUCAAUCUCGGGUCUCAUCGUCAAGAUCAUCGGGAUUUUCUGCGCGAUUAUGACCCUUCUCGCGGUGUCCCGGUGCAUAUACAUAUACCGAAGGACUCCGCAGCGAGACCGCGUUCUUGCGGUCAUACACCGACAUCAACUACAGCGGGAGAUGGAGGAGCUGGAUCGCAAUCCGCCUGAACGACGCCGGUCGCUGGUCGAGCCUCCGCCGCCAUACUUGGGCCGACCACCGGAGUAUACGACAGACGAGACCACGCGGCUCGCUUCUCCCCGGCACAGUUCUUCGUCCGACGAGUUGCACACACCGGAAAUGCGGGAGCGGUGACAGCAUGUUAGCGAUCCGUCGACUCGUCACCGCGUGGAGAUCCAUCCCGCAGCGCAAACCUGUUGCGACCGGCCAUUUUAUUUCUGCGAAAAGCGGUCGGCGGAGCAUGCGUGCCAUUGCAAGGUGUACUACCAUCAUCUGGGACUUUGUAUCAUAUCAUUCAUGGACUCGGCAGUACAUCAGAGGAAUCGCGUGGAACUGUUCGGUACUUAUCGUGAAGCUGUUGAAACGUUCAGGGAUUGACAGGUUGGGUGGCUAUGUGUCCAUGAUCACUCGCUAACUGUGCUGAUCCCCUCGCGACCUGCUUUGCAGUCACCUCGAAGAUCGCGGGCUUUUCACCCCGCUUUCGCACGCGAUCGGACCGUUCUACCCCUAUCCUCCUUGACUGCGAGCCACUGCCCUCUCCUCGAUCGCAAGUUUGUCUCGUGCGACGGCUUUUGCCCCUCCUUAUCGCUCCCAAUGACCCGUUCGGAUUGCCACGAAGGAUUGCAGAUUCUUGCGGCCAGUCUCCAGUUCCUAGGUCCAGGCAACCAGUACUUUGUAUGAACCAAUGGGAUGUCUGUGUGUCUUUGAGCCCGCUCCGGCAAACUCUUCCUGAAGCCGAACGUUGACCCUGUACGUUAUCCACGUUUCCGGAUGGACCGACCUCUACGUCGUCUGUCCGAUCUUCGCACUUCGCCGGCGGAUGAACGCAUUUGCGAGAGGAUGCAUCAUGACGAGUUCCGAGGCCUGCGCCCCGCGGAACCAAUCGCAGAGAACGUAUAAAAACUCAAAAUUGAUUGCACCAGCAGCCCAUUCAAACCUUUUGGCAUGUCUGGCUCAGACUGAAUCUCCCAGUCAUCUUGGUGAAGUGAUCUUUGAUCAGACAAUUGCGUGUAAAAGUAAUCCUGGAAAGUGUACGGGUGGAGAUAAGGUGUUAGACGCGGUCUGAUCCUGUUAAGAGCCAUUAUCAACGUGUUCGACGCGCCCCGCAGGUGACUGAGGAUAGCGGAGAAUCAUCCGUGGGAUUUGCCGCGGUCACAGAGACGGCGUUCACUCCUGAUAUUUGAUGGCAGAGGUCGUCACAAAUAAACAACUUCAACUUCUCUUUCUGCCAAGGGACCCACACUCAGUCCUGGGCAUGGACUUGCCCACUGAGUCCUUUCGGCCAUCCCGCUCCGUUCCAAAUGGCAAUCAGAUAAUACCCGGGAGCACGCUGCAUGCUCAAACUCGAGAAAAAGUGGUCGAAAUCCUCGCCAACACCGCAAAUGGAUGUCUAGACGAGCUUGGAUUGUUCCCCGGGAUCAAACAACGAUACGAUGAAUUGCUGAAGGCCCACGAGCAAGCAAACAGGGCGAAUGAUGCGUUGUGGCGGGAUAAUGACAAGCUCGUCCAGUCUUGUUCUCAUCUUCGGAACAAGUGUACACAGUACCAGAGGGACAAUGUCAAGUUGUACGAAGACAACAGGACUCUCGUUCAGGAGCGCUCCCAUAUCUGCGGCGAGAAUGAGCAGCUCAAAAAACAGAAUAUGGUGUACGCGCGAUCUACUACACACUACGAGGUGAUGGGUGCCUAUGCUGCGUUGCAACGGGACAUGCAAGCGGCCGUGAACGAGAACGAGCUUUUGAAGCACGCUGUGAAAGAUCUGCAGAACAGUCUACACCGGUCGGGGGCAAACCCUGCAAUUAUCCAAUCUGCUGUUCCGGUGGACGUUCAUUCCCAUGGGCCCCCUCAUGUUCCGGCUUCUGGAAUGCCAGAACUCCGAAUAAGCACGCAUGUUACAAGUCAGAAUAAUCAUCCCCCUCUGCGUCGAUCUUCCAUGCCGAUGUCGAUGCCACAGACCAUGGCUGGUCUGGAGCAGGGUUCCCGGUCGAGCUCAGGUUAUGUGCCACAUAAUGCUGUCCGUGGGGGUAACGCGAUUCCCAACAUCACUCAACCUUCACGAACAGCUUCUGGCGCUGGGACGUCUUCGCGGCAACAUAGGCCUCCGCUCGUUCCCUCAAUGCCCAUGUCUGCUCCGCAGAUGCCGCUCCACUUCCCUCCUCCUCCUCGGUCAUCACACUCAACCAGCCCCCAGCAGCCUGGUCCUUCACUAAAAUCCUGGCAUCCGGUCAUGCGGCGGCCUACUGACCCUAUGGUCGGCAAUAUAGCGCGCCCUUUGUCCUCUGGCUCACUGCCACCCCAAACACCUUCGCCAUCUUCUCCCGAAUUUUCUGGUUACGUACCUGCAGAGUUGCAGCACCGUCCGAUUGUCCCUGCUUCGCGCUCGGCGUCAUCGACUGUUCCGAGCUCGCAUAUAUCCACACCGACACAGCCUCAGCCCUCCUCAUCUCUACAUAUAUUGACCCAGGCGACCAAUCGAAAUUCUGGGCAGCUGCCCGCUGUGGGGACAGUCCAGUCGCCUAUCGUUCUGGUAGACAGUCCGCUCUCGCGGCGACCAGAGUCGCCCCCGGAAGUCCACGAAGCGAUCACGCCCCCGUCGUCAGGCCCUCCUGUGACUGUGGCCGUGAGCACUGAUGAGCGGCGCGGUGAUGAGAUCGUGGUCGUCGAGCAUCCACCAUUGGCCGUGAAGAUGGAGGUGGAUGAGUCCGCAGAGGACGGGAUGCAGGAAGACGAUAUGGAAGAUAUGGACGAGGACGAUGAAAAUGAGGUUGAGGUGCGACUUGGGCCCGAUGGUCUGCGAUUGGUCGAGGACUCUAUCAACGAGAUCUUUGGCGACGAGACGGGCAGCAUCUGUGGGUUCUGCACUUUCAUCCGUGAUUCCGGGCUGCCCACAGAAGACAUCGACUUCACAAACAAGACGCUAGAAGAAAAGGUCGCACAUUGUAUUACCUCUCACCCCGACUCUUGGGACGCAUUUCGGCGUGCCGGCGGGGAAUGAUUGGUUUCUUGUUUCCAGUUUAUUCUUGACGAUUGUAGCUUUAACACCGUAGAUAUCUUGCUAUUUUGUUGUAUCGCAAUCAUUGUUCACAUAAGGACACUAGCGCAUGAAUAUACUCGAUGCUUCUUGUCUUGCAACUUUCAUAUGUUUCACAACAUUAGAAUUGCA